AUGUCGGUCUUAAGCAGACGAGGAGCAUCCUCGCUCCGAUCUUUGAAAACCCCAUGCUCUGCUUGUUCCGUGCGGCCGUUCUCCGUCUUCAACCGCCCACAGCCAAAUUAUCCCGGCCAUGUCCCAUUGACGACCGUUGAACGCGGUGCUCUCGCCUUGGGUUCAGCAAUAGGCUCAUUGAUCAAUCCUCGACGAGCCGACCUCAUCGCAGCCCUCGGCGAAGCAACAGCAACCCCAUUCUUCAUCUACCGACUCCGCGACGCAAUGCUCUCCGACCCAACUGGCCGCCGCAUCCUCCGCGACCGCCCACGCAUAACUUCCGAAACCCUCCAAAUGACCCACCUGCGCUCUCUCCCCGAAAACUCCGUCGGCCGCACAUACGCCAAAUGGCUCGACCGCGAAGGUGUCUCCCCGGACACACGCGACAACGUGCAAUACAUUGACGAUGAAGAAUGCGCCUAUGUAAUGCAGCGGUACCGCGAGUGCCACGACUUCUACCACGCUGUGACGGGGCUUCCAAUCUUCGUGGAGGGUGAAUUAGCUUUGAAGGCGCUGGAGUUCCUUAACACGUUGCUACCGAUGACAGGAUUGAGCUUGUUUGCGUUUGUUAGAAUGAAGCCGGCGGAGAAGGAAAGAUUUUUGUCGCUGCAUUUACCGUGGGCGGUGCGGAGUGGGCUGGCGAGCAAAGAGUUGAUUAAUGUUUACUGGGAGGAGGUGCUGGAGAAGGAUGUGGAUGAGUUGAGGAGGGAGUUGAAUAUUGAGCAGCCGCCUGAUCUGAGGGAGAUCCGGAAGAUGAUUCGGAGGCAGCAGAAGGAAGAGAAGGAACGAUUGAAGCAGAUGUCGGGCUAA